AUGCUAGAGAAACUAGAGGAAGUAGACAUCCAGACUGAAGAGCCAAAGACGCCAGAGAGAGCAGAGGCUCUUACCUCUGCUGACAACUCCUCUGAGAAGAAGGAAGAAGCCACAGAGUUAGUCUCAGCUGCCACAGAUAAUAACAUUCUGGAACCCAAGAAAGUGGAUGCAGUUUAUGUGCUGGGGAACCCAGGGUUUCAGACUGUCAGACAUAUAUUAGUCAGACAGCUGAAGACAUUUACAGAGGCUCAGAGAUUUUCUCAGCAGAACUAUAGGGGCAACCUAAUUUCCACCCACAAUUCUGAGUUCCACUGCAAACUUGAGAACUUAGUUAAAGAAAUCAACCAAGGCUGGGUUUGGACUGGAGCUCACACCAAUAGCUGGCUAAGAAAGCACAAAUAUUGCUUGGCCAAGAAAUUUAAAUGGAUUGAUAGGAGCAGCUGGCAUUUUUCAUACUGGACAACAGGGCAGCCGCUAUUUGGUUGGGGCUGCUGCGUGGCUUUGUGUACUAAUCGUGAGUCAGGGAACAUGGAAGGUGGGAGUGACAGUAAGGAAGACUUAUCAUGA